UGAUUAUUAAUUUCUGCUAUGGUACCCUAUCUGCAGCAACGUGACAACCUUGUUUCCUCCAACGGAAAAUAACAAUAUCAUUGAACACCAUUCACCAUAACAAACCAAAAGUCCUUUCUGUCCGUCUCUCUGUCACCAUGUUAGUCCCGAGAGACCCAAGCGAAGGCAGCUGUUCGCCGUCCACUUAAACUUACUGGAAACCUGCAUCUGUCCGCCAGAUGCUCGGCAAUAGUCUCUUGAUGAAGGCUGCCGACACACACCAAAAGAGAGAAACUAGAGGGUACGCAAAAAGGAAAAGGCCAAGAGAAGAUGGGGACGAUUCCGGGCGGACCGAUAAAGGCCUAGAGGAUGCGGACAUGAAAACUCGAACCUGAGCUACCCUCCGAGGCAUAUUAUGUCUUCUUGUUUGGCUAAGCUGUCAUGACCCCAUCUUUCCCUCUCUCUCUCUCUCUCUCUGUAUGAGUUUCUUUCCAGAUCAGAUAUGACAGGAGAGAGGCAAAAAGGAAGAGGUUUGAGUGAUUUCAGGAGAUGGCAAGGGACUUUGAUUUCAAUUACACUUGAUCCCAUCAAUUAUUAUGUCUUCCUAGUGAAGGCCCCUCUCCAACUACACGAACCCCGUUAGAAUCAGGAAAAGAUUCCCUCCGACCGGCCGAUGGCAGCGGUUGAUUGAAGAGGACCCGGCAGGACCUUUUUUUCACACUGCACAAAAUUGUCUUAAGUGGCUGCUGCUGAUAAGAUUAUUCAGUGAAAUCACUGAUAGAGCUCUGUAAUGAGAGUCUGAUUGAUCACUUUUGCCUUUUACCUAUGAAACUUUGACCCCUGCCUUCUCUUUGUAUAAAAGGGCAACCCAUUCAUUCUGCGAACACAACAGUCUUCCUCUGACCCUGAAAGUGAAAAAGCAAAUGAGUUUUCUUCUGAUAUCUCCUCAGAUUCUGACAUCCUUCUGUCUCUCAGAUAUUUCAAACAAUAGCGGGCAUGUCGGGUUCUGUUGUGGCCAUAGCUGGAGGAGUUGCAGGGGCACUUCUUAUUGCGGCCGCACUCAUUAGCCUCAUGUGGUUCUGUAGGUCGAAGCAUCCAAGGAACCGGAACUCGGAGACUGGCUCUUCCGACCCAUCUGCAUUAGCGGAGUGGAAUCGGGGAGGUCCAUCUGGUUCAACUGCUCGAAUAUCUGGGCCGAGGCAGUUCUCUUUGGAAGAGUUGGAGCAGGCUACUAAGCAGUUCGACGACAGCAAUUUGAUUGGAUAUGGAAGUUUCGGCUCUGUAUAUAAAGGCUUACUCCGAGACGGAACUGUCGUGGCCAUUAAAAGGCGUCCGGGAACUCCCAGACUGGAAUUCAUUGCCGAGGUCUCGUACUUGCUGGAGAUUCGGCACCGGACCUUGGUCACUCUCCUCGGAUACUGCAUCGAGAGCGGGUUUCAGAUGCUAGUUUUCGAGUACUUACCGAAUGGAAGCAUCAGCAAUCACCUGUACUAUGGUAUGUUAUCGUUGAUCUUAUACGGCACUAAGUUCCAUUUCUCCUACCUUCAUAUUUCGUUAGCUGUUUUGACAGAAACAGGACAGGAUCCGCCGAUCAAACUCGAGUUCAAGCGAAGAAUAUCUAUUGCUCUUGAUGCCGCUACAGGCCUCUACCAUUUGCACAGCCUCAAACCUCCAUUGCUUCACAGGAGCUUCAAAACGAGCAACGUGCUAGUCGAUGAGAACUUCAUAGCAAAGGUCUCAGACGCAGGGCUGUCGAGGCUGCUCGAGAGGAUAGAAGAGGCCGGCCCAUCUUCUCAAACAUCGGCCACUGCUUUCCAGGACCCAGAGGCAGGAGUGUCGGGAAUUUUUUCGGAGAUGAGUGAUGUGUACAGCUUCGGAGUUUUUCUUCUGGAGCUUGUGACCGGGGUACCAGCUCCUGAUGCAGAAUCACUGGGGCCUCAUCGAAACUUAAUGCAGUGGGUGGAAUCACGACAGAAAUCGAACAACCUAGUGGAUCGUCGACUGCUCGGCACAUUCACAUCGGAGGGAAUCCGGGACUUUAUUAGGCUAGCGCUGCUCUGCAUUGUUCUUCCCGGGAUUAAGCGCCCGAAGAUGGACAUGAUUGUGUUGGAGCUCGAAAGGAUCCGGGAGAAAGAAAUGGCCUUAACCACAUUCAUGGGAGAGGGCACUGCGAUAAUCACCCCGGGCAGCGAGUUAUUUACAUGACAGCUGAAGCGCAUAAAUGCCAAAAAACUUAUGUUGUUCCCCUGUCCAAAUGAUUUAGGGCAAAUUAAACCUCUAAAUCUGCAGGUUGAAGCGUGAAAUAUGCAGCUAUCUCGAAAAGAGAUGGGAGCAGUUUCGGGUUUAUGAAAUUAUGUUCAACAAUUGUUUGGAGGAAUAAAUUCUAUGGAUAUGGAAAAUAACCUCUGUGUCAGAUCUGGUAAGUGUACAGCUGUGGUGUUGUCUGCAAUAUUGUUGUACGACGUUUGAUUGUGAUUUUCAUGAAUUGGCUUAGUCCAGUUUCGGUCUGUUGUCUGAUAAUUCACAGCAAAUGGAAUUUUUUGAACUCUUAGCUUGCUGGUUCGGAGAGAGAUGUCGACAACUUAUUCUUCUUUGUGGCAUCAAAUGAUAUGAUGUAUUUACUCA